GAUGCCUUUCCAUUGAGUUGACAUACAUGCAAGUGUAUACAAAAUAAAGCCAAAACAAGUGGAAUUUUUUGACUGUCUAACGAGUUAUAUAUAAGUACCCUUCUCCACUGAAUCUUGAUCCACCAAAUUAUAAGAAACUCAAGUAAUUAAGAAGAAAUGGAGAAGAAACUGAAACAAGGUUCCACUCAUGAUCAUAAUGAAACUUUCUGUAACAUUGAAGGAGUUAAUGAAGUGUUGAUGGCAAAUCUCAACAAAGAUGAUGACCGGCCCGUCAUUUCCCUUGGCCUAGGCGAUCCCUCGGUUUUUCAGUGCUUUCGGACCACGGCGUUAGCCGAUGAUGCUAUUGUUGAUGCUGUACGAUCAGCUAAGUUCAAUGGUUAUGCUCCUAUCUUUGGUAUUCCUCCUGCAAGAAGGGCAAUUGCAGAAUUUCUCUCUCGUGAUCUUAAUUCGAGUCAAUUUUCAGCAGAUGAUGUUUAUGUUACAGUUGGCUGCGCACAUGCAAUUGAAAUAAUGAUAUCAGUCCUUGCUCCUCCUGGUGCAAAUAUUCUUCUUCCUAGGCCAGGUUACCCGAUCUAUGAAUCUUGUGCAGCUUUUAGUAAACUAGAAGUACGCCAUUUUGAUCUUAUACCAGAAAAAGGAUGGGAAAUUGAUCUUGAUGCAGUUGAAUCUCUAGCAGAUGAAAACACUGCUGCCAUUGUUAUCAUAAACCCUUGCAACACUUGUGGAAAUGUCUUCACAUACCAGCAAUUGAAAAAGGUGGCAGAGACAGCACGAAAGCUUGGAAUAUUUGUGAUUGCUGAUGAAGUUUUUGGGCAUCUUGUUUAUGGGAACACACCAUUCGUACCUAUGGGACAGUUUGGAUCCAUUGUACCUGUAGUUACAUUGGGAUCUCUAUCAAAGAGAUGGAUUCUUCCUGGUUGGAGGCUUGGUUGGAUUGCCACCACCGAUCCUCAUGGCAUCCUUCAAAAAUCUGGGAUUGUGGACGACAUUAAGAAUUAUCUCAAUAUCUCCACCUUUCCCGCAACCUUUAUUCAGGGGGCCAUUCCUCAAAUCUUAGAGACUCUAAAAGAAGAUUUUUAUUCCAGUAUUCUCAACACCAUAAAAGAAGCUGCGGACAUUUUUUACAGUAAAAUCAAGGACAUCCCUUGCAUUGCUUGCCAACAAAAACAUGAAGGCUCCAUGUCUGUGAUGAUAAAGUUAAACCUAUCAUUACUUGAAGGAAUUAGAGAUGAUAUGGAUUUUAGUCUGAAGCUGGCCAAAGAGGAAUCUGUGAUUGUUCUACCAGGAACUUAGAUAACAGUGUAUUAACUUUUACCUUAGUGCUUCCUUACGCAUUUGUCUAGAAUCAUUUAAUACCCUAUGUUUAGUACGAUUUCUUUCUUAAUUAAGAAGCCAAUAAUAUAAAUUGAAAUGCCUAUUAAUAUGUCCUACACAUAGGACAUUUAUAUAUGAGUUUUGACCUUCAAAUAUUCUUCACAUUUAUAUAUGCCCAAAUUUCCAGAUUUGGGUGGCCGCUUAAAAUUAUACAUAAGACAUUUCUGAUUAGCUUUUUCUAGUAUUAUCUGUUUAGACUUUAGAGUUCAGACUAUGAUAAGUUGAUUGGUAGUUCAUGGGCAGUGAUGAAUCGCUUUCUCCAAAAAUCUAAUCUGCGUGUGGUGCAUGAUAAUGCAGGGGUGGCCGUUGGAUUGAAAAAUUGGGUACGCAUAAAUAUUGCAGUUGAACCCACCUGUCUUGGAGAAGGGCUUGCCAGGAUCAAGGCCUUCUGUCAUAGACAUGCCAAGAAGCAGUAAACUUAAUUAAUUAUGUGCUUAUUAGAGCUUAAUUAGAGUCAUUAGUUCGCUAAUAUAUUCUUUUGUAAUCUAGAAUGUGAAUACGGCACCUUGGUUCACAUGCUAUAGUUGAACCAUGAUGUUCUGGUUACUGAAUCUGCUUUUAUAAAUGAUUAGAAUGUUAACAUAUAUAAAUGUAAAGAAUAAAUAUUAUUUUUAUAAUUUUAUUAGAGUAAACGACAUAUUCCCACCCAAAGUUUGACGAAAUCCCAAGUUAGUAACCCAAAUUACAUCUAUUCUAGAUUUCCACUCUUAAAAUAACAAUGUUAGCAAUUUUUAGGGUAUAGAUGAUGCAAUUACCAUAAUUUCCUUAACUCUAAAUUAAUAAAUUACGUUUUAACCCCUAAAUUAGUAGAAUUAUAACUUACCAUAUUAUUUUCAAAUUAUCUCAAUAACACUCUUGGUCACUGCACACCUUAUCGAUUUUUGCCCGAUCUAAGCUAUUUCUGACAGCAUCGAACCCCCUGGUCACCUCCAUCACCUUCCCCGUAGUUUUUCAUCCAAAACCCCUCUGGUUCCCGACUCAUUGGCCCUUCCAAUCGUCGGUGCCGUUAGGCUUAGUGUUUCUCUAUUCUUCGUUAGAUUUCGGCGGCGAAAAUCCAAUUGGACACCACCCCUGCAACCAGCAUCUCCAACUUUGUAAAACUCUUAUGUCCCCAACAACUAUUUAGUCGCCGUUCGCAGGCUAAGAGUUCAUGUUCAAUUGCCUUUUUGGUGAAGUGGUGGACGGCAAACAGUGAGCUGUCAUGACUGGGAAGGUUAGGGGUUUUGUAAGGGGGGAUACGAGGAGUCAAAUGGUGGUGGUGGUGGUGGUGGUUGGGGUUGUCGUCGUUCAAAACAGUCGAAAACCAACAAAAACUGGUCUUAUGUUGUGGCUGCCGUGGCCAACAAUCGGCGAGUGAUGAGGGGUUGUGAAGGGUAAGGUUUUGUAGAGGAGAGGAUGGGGGUUCAAAUGGUGGUGACAAUGGUGAUUUUUGGUGAAAGAAUCACCAGAAAAAAGGCAAAAAAAUCAGAGACGCCAUUUGCUAACGUGUGUCGGAGGAUUAUUAAAGGCAACGAUCUGCUAACGCGCGUCGUCCAUGCAAAAUGAUCAAUUUACUCUUUUAUCAUUACAUCAAACACUUUUUUAUUACUUUAAGGAUGAGAAUUUGGAAUAAAUGUAAUCAAAGAUACCAACUUGGGAUUUAGUCAAACCUUGAGUGGGGAUUUUGCGUUUACUCAUUUUAUUAUUCUCAACAUCUUUUUAGCACUUAUGAAGGGAUUGUAUUACACGUUAAUAGAAUUUGUCCUUUACCAUGAGUUGUAAUUUUCUAGUUUUCUUGUAUUAAGGACAAAUUAAGCAUGCUACUUGGGACCCUCCUAAAUCAUAGGUUGAGUCUUAGCUACUGUCACUGUCGUUCUUGUGUCUCUGUCCAAUU